AUGAAAAUUUUAAAAGUGCCUUGGCUAGGCCAUAUAGACGAACAUAGAAAAUAUGAAGUUUAUACAGUAGACAUAUCUAAAGACAAUGAGCAUGUAGCAACAGGUGGUUUGGACGGAUUAGUUAAAAUAUGGUCCUUAUCUUCAAUAAUUAACGUACAGCAUCAAGAAAAACAAACUCCAAUUAACAAACAAAAACCAUUGGCUAGCAUGAGUAGGCAUACAGGAGCAGUUACAGUUGUAAAGUUUUCGCCUGACGGAAAAUAUCUAGCUACUGGGUCAGACGAUAGAAUUAUAUUGAUAUGGGAGAAAGAGUCAACAAUCUCCCCAUCAGUGUCAACAGUAGAAGCAACAAUUAAUGUGAAUAGUGCGUUUGGGUCAGAUAGGAGUGAUGAACAUUGGGUAGUAAGAAAAAGAUUAGCCGCCCAUGAAAAUGAUAUACAAGACCUUUGCUGGUCUCCUGAUUCUAGUUUGUUGGUUUCGGUUGGUCUAGACAGAAGCAUCCUUGUAUGGAACGGGAUAACGUUUGAAAAAAUUAAAAAAUUUGAUGUACAUAAUUCGCAUGUAAAAGGUGUAAUUUUUGAUCCUGCAAAUAAAUAUUUUGCUACGGCAUCCGAUGAUAGAACAGUGAAAAUUUUCAGGUAUCACAAGAAUGAUGGAGAUUUAAGCUUUUCAAUUGAAUCAGUUGUUACAGAGCCCUUUAAGGGGUCUCCGUUGACCACAUAUUUUAGAAGAUUAUCUUGGUCUCCAGAUGGGCAACAUAUAGCAGUGCCCAAUGCAACAAAUGGGCCCGUUUCGUCAGUAGCAAUUAUUGAUAGAGGGAGCUGGGACUCUGAUAUUAGCUUGAUUGGCCAUGUGGAGCCAACUGAAGUAGCCAGGUUUAAUCCCAGAUUAUACAAAAAGGAAAAGAAAAGUACAGUUGGGAACAAAGAAAUUGAUACUACCAAGGGAAACAAAAACGAUCAAGGAACAGCGGAAAAAGAAGAAGAAGUUGAUUCUAUCGUGUGUACUGCGGGUCGAGAUAAGUCACUGGUGUUAUGGACUACUAAUAGGGAAAGACCAAUAUUUAUAUCAUAUGACAUUGCACUUAAGUCUAUAACUGAUAUGUGUUGGAAUCCUACGGGUAACAUUUUGUUAGUGGCAUCAUUAGAUGGUUCCAUAACCCCUGUAAUAUUCCAUGAAAACGAAUUGGGCACUCCAAUACCUUUGGAGGAAAAUAUCAAAUACUUGCACAGAUAUGGGGCAGGUAAAGAAUCUAAUUUAUGUGCAGAAAGUGUUGAUCAAUUAAAGUUGGAGGAAUUAGCAUCGAAAGAACAGAAAAAACUGAUUAAAUCUUUUGCUGCAAGAAAAAAAAAAACAGAACCAAUUAACAUAAACAAGGAUAUACAGAGGACAACGGAAGAACCCAAAAUAAACAUUUUAAUACCGAAAAGGAAAAAAGAUUCGAUGAAGAACAUUCCAUCGGCCGUUCCCACUGUGAAAAUUACUAAGAGUGGUAAAAAAAGAGUGACCCCGAUUUUAAUAUCUACUACCACCAAUACGUCUGUUAGCGCAUUCAAAUCAUCUAAAAGUGAUAGCACUCGUGAAGGUAAUAAGAACAAUGUUAUAAAAACUAAGAAAAAAGCAAAUCUCCUAUUUGGCUCACAAUUAUCUAGAUCAUCAUAUCCGGUGCCAAGGCUGGGUGUACAAACAUUGAUUAUGGGUAUAAAAGACCGGUUAUUUGAUUCAAGCGUUAAUAAUAUUGAAACCAAAGAGAACGUCAAUGGAUUGACUAGUAAUAGGCAUUCUUCAAAUUGGAAAAUUCCCAGCAGUGAAAAUACAAAGAAUGAUAUUGCAUAUUCGUCUCCGCUUCAAAAACCUCGCCAAUUGGUACUUAAAAAGGCAAAGAUAGAUAAUAUCAGUGGUAGUGGCGCUAUUAACAUACAAUAUAGUUCAUAUCAUCGUAUUUUGCCCGAUGACGAUAUUGUAAUAGUUCAAUAUGGUGAAAACAUAGAAGCAUUGCAUAUCUUGGAGAUCAAAAAUGGGGUGGAAAGAUCUAUUCAAUUUGAUAAAGAGGCACUAUUGGAAAACCCAACAAAAUUAUGUGGGUAUCAUGAAGGUAAAUUAACAAUGACUGCUUAUCUACCGGAAGUAGUAAACUGUGCCAUUGGUUCUACCAAAUGUCAAUGCUGGAUAAUUGCCACCACCGAAGGCUCUAUUUAUAUUUUUUCAGAAAAUGGAAAAUUAAAAAUGCCAAAGUUAUCUAUCGGGUACAAGAUUAUCAAGUUAGAAAUACAUAAUGAGUGUUAUUUGGUAGCUCUUAGCGAAAAUGGAUUGUUUUUUUGUUGGGAUCUGUUGAAUUGCAGAUCCAUUUUUCAGAAAAUAUCUAUAGCACCAUUAUUGGUGGAUGAAGGUAGUUUACAAUCUGGUGGCAAAGUUAGAGUUGAUAGAAAGUUAGUCAAAUUUCAUUUAGAUAUUAAAGCCAUGGAAUUGGAAGUGAUCAUAAAAAGAAAUGACAAUGAGGAAGAGUUCAAAAACAAAAAAAAAAAAAAGACUUUGAUUAUAACAUUGAAAUUCAUAAUGAUAAAAUGUUAUGUUCGUAUGUUUGGAAUAAUGCUAUGGGAUGUUGGUUUAGGUCCAAAAACACGAAGGCGGCCGAUGCCGGCGAGCGAACGGAGUCAUCAUAAUAUUUGCAUAUAUAAUUAA